AGCCUACAGGCACUUGGAACGUCUCAAUAAAAUAAAAAAAGCAGGCAGCAACAGCCGGAAUGGCAGAGACAGAAAGCGAAACAGAGUUUCAGAGUGCAGACGAAGGAAGCGAAGAUGAAGCGACAUCAGAGCAUUCCCUUGGUGAAAGUAAAGUUCCAGAAAACUUACAUAAUGAGGCAACUGAUCCAGAAGUAAAUAAUGCCAAAACAGGUGAUGCAGUUUCAACAGAGGAAGGACUGAAAACUGAUACUGCUAGUGUUUAUGCAAAAAGCACUACAGGUAACAACACUGAGGUGCAGGAUGUUGACCAUACAUUGACACAGAUGGGAUCGUGUAAUAUUACUGAAGAUAACUCUAAGCUUUCGUCCAAAGAGGAAGAAGCAGAACCUUCACAGUUCCAGACAGACGCUACUCUUACGAGUAAGUUGGAUUCAGGAGUCAAGGAGGAAACAAAGGCAGAGCACACCGAGAAAGAGAUGUCUGUCCUAGAGAAGCUGUCUGGAGUUGCUCAAUCGGAAUCAUCUCAGCAGCCUGCGGCUCGUACCGGGUGGGGCUGGGGCUGGGGGUCCUCCCUGCUCUCUACUGCCUCCACAUCCGUAUCCACAUUUACCUCACAAGUUGGUCAUGGUAUAAGCGCAGUGCUAGAGACGGUUGAACAUGAGAUGGGCGCUCCUUCCCCUGAACAACUUGCACAGGACUCGGUGGCAGGCACAGCAGAGGAAGCAACAGCCGAUAUGCGAAUUGGUGACAAGAAACAGAGAUCUGAGAAGCCGGUGGAGGCAGCAGAGGAAGCUAACGAGAAGACGAGCAGAAGCUCAGGGAAGCAGAAAGAGCAAGAGCAAGCUGCAGAGAGCAAAAAUGAGGCAAAAGAUCAUAAAUCUACAGGAGAAGAAGAGGAAGGAGGAGGAGGAAGAGGAGGUGGAGGAGGGAUAUUUGACAUGUCUAAAGGCUUACUUGGAGGCAUAAAGCUUGGAAUCUCAAAUAUUGUUGAAAACACGGUUGAAGUAGGCUUAGAUGCAUUGGAAUCGGUUGGAAAGAAGACGUGGCAUCAUUUGUCUUCUGGUGAUCCAGGAUUACGCAAGAAAAGGGAGCUGCUAACUGGGGGACCCAAACCAAAUCUUUCCCAGGUGCUAAGGGAAGUAAAGGAACAGGCCGAGGAAGAGGCUAAACAGAAUGCCGAGAUAGCAGAAGCCAGUAAGGGGCACUUUAGUUACUGGUUUGAUGAACAGCAAGGGCUCGCUCACCUGGAGGCAUUGGAGAUGCUGUCGAACCAGAGUGAAACAAGAGUGCAGUCAUCGCUCAACGUGCUGCCUGCAGAGCAACUGCCGGAAUUUAAGGGCAAUCUUAUUAGUCUGAGAGAUGUGUUCCAGAUUGAGGACGUUGAUGAAGACGAUGGUGAGAAUGAACAUGAUUUUGAUGCUGCACUGAAGGCAUUGGCAUCAGAUAUCAACAUAGUGAAGACUAGUGAGAAACUUCUAAGUGGUCACGUGCGGGUCAGGCAGUGCUUGGAGCAGUUGGGUGCAGAACAAGAGACUGGUGCUGCAAAGGAAGGCAAGUUCAUCCACCAGGAGGCGAUGCAGAGCAUUGGUGAACUUACAGCCGUGGGGAUGGAGGCUUUCCACAAGAUGGGAGAGCUGCUGCUGGUGGAGGAGGAAGCUGACUUGCAGAGACACCUCGAUCGAGCCAACGCAUUCAACAGAUUGUGUAUGCUCAUGUGCACUGAGGUGGCAGUGAUGGCGUCUAAGUUUUCACAGUGUCUAAACACAGCCGCC